UAUGUUUAUAAUCCCCCUCUUCAUAGAGAUAAUACAUGCAUGUACUAAUACGGCAAACACAGGAUGGACCAACAAUUACUAGAAAAUGUUAAUAACAACUGUCAAUUCCAUAACAAAUGUGGAUAUCACUACUGUCUGUCCUAACAUUGAUCCAGCAAAGGUUCCUGGUUUAACACCCUAUCAAUACUUGAGUUCUAGCAGCUGUCUUGGAUAUUUAGGACCAUUGGGUCCUUAUGGACCCUUAUCUCAACUAGGACCUUUGUCUAAUCCCUUUUGGAACCCAUACAACUUUUUUGGACAAAUCUAAUUGCCUACUAAUUUAUAAUAACUAAUUCAAUGGAGUCAAUAUUAAUAUGGAGCUCCUAUGUCAAAGGAUGGUCCAUUAGGUUAUAAAGGUCCUUUGGCUACAACACAAUAUUAUGGUUAAUAAGAUCCAGGGAAAACCUUAUUUGAUACAAAUGACUUUGCUGUAUAAUUAAGAGCCUUUGGUUUAUGGUCAGCACUUGGUCCCUUAGGACCAUUAGGACCUUUAGGAGCUUUGGGACCAUUAGGACCAAUAGGAGAUCAUGGAUACAGUGUUGAUCUUAAUGGAAAUUAUGUAAAUGGAACAAAAGUAGUGAAGACGGUUACCAUAGAUUAUGAUGGUAGUAGUACAAGAACAUAUCCUUUAUACGAAUUUUAUUAGAGCUAUUAUGCUAAGACAAUUCUAUUAGAUACAUCAUUUUUAGUAGAGAGUGAUGUUUGUUAAAGUGAUGAUACUUAUCAAAUUGGUUCUCUUCCAUUUAAUUAGAUAGUAACAUUUGUUUUGACACCACUUUUGGGUUUAGAUUCAUAUUCUUUGAUUUUAUAGGAUCAAUAUGGUAAAGUGAUAGCUUAAUCUAAUGUUGAUAAUUACAUUCAAACUAUUUAAUUGAAUGUGAAAAUGAAUACUAAACUUACUAUAAUAGUUCAUCCAAUAUAUCUAUCUACAACAAUUGGAUCAUAUAGACUAUUCGUAACAGGAUCAACAUAAUACAUUACUCAGUAUAAUAUAUCUGGAAAUCAAAUUUUAUCUAAUUGAU